AUGAGUAAGUUAAACAACAACAUAGAUUUAAACGAUCCAUAUUUUAAAGAUUUUGAUGAUCAUCUAGCUCAACCUUAUCAGAAGCUCCAAAUUGUUGAAAAGAUUUAUCUUUGCAAUGUUGAUGAUUUGCUUACAGAAUUAAAGCUUAAUAAAGAUACCUCAAUUUUGUACAACAAUUACUUGGAACAAGCCAUUAUUGAUUGGGAGCCAUCAAUAUAUGACUUCUAUCAUCCCACAUGUAAUCCGCUUAAUUCUCUAAUGGAGUCCAAUAGUGAAAAAGUGAUUGGUGAUAUGGCAGAUAUCUUAUUCAAUAAUGAUAUCUACAACAAAUGA